CACGGCGUUAGGCAAACGAGAGACGAUGGCGUGGACAGCGGCCGACAUGGCCGACUUGACCGGCUCUGUCGUUGUUGUAACCGGGGCAAGUUCUGGUAUCGGCGAGCAGACGGCUUUGGAGCUCGCAAGAAAGGGGGCACACGUCGUGCUGGCAUGUCGUAGCGCGGAAAAGGCCGCGGCCGCCAAGGAGCGCAUCCUCUCCGAGGUCACAACGGCGUCCGUCGAGGUCCUACCGCUGGAUCUCAACGACUUGGUGAGCGUCACGACCUUUGCCGAUGCCUUCAAGGCCAAGCACGCUCACUUGGACGUUCUCGUGAACAACGCGGGAAUCAUGGCGGUGCCGUACGCGGUCACGGCGCAGGGCUUCGAGUCACAGUUCGGCGUCAACCACCUCGGCCACUUUGCCCUCACGGCGCAGCUCUUUGACGUACUCAAAGCUUCGCGGUCGUCGCGCAUUGUGACAUUGAGCAGCCUUGCGCAUCGCCGUGGCGCCAUCGACUUCAGCAAUCUCAUGCCGUCACCGCCGACCUACGGGCCCAUGAAGGCAUACGAGCAGUCCAAGCUAUGCAACCUCGUGUUCAGCUACGAGCUCGACCGGCGGCUUCGUGCCAGGGGCUUUGAGCAUGUGACAUCGGUGGCGUGUCACCCAGGGUGGACCAACACGAACCUCUUCCCGCACAUGUGGUCGGGUGGUCUCAUGCCGUGGCUGUUCCCGAUCGUGGCUCGCGUCGCACUGCAGCCUGUCCACGUUGGCUGCCUACCAACGCUGUACGCAGCAGUCGCGAAAGGUGUCAAAGGUGGCGAAUACUACGGACCUCAGUCCUUCUCUCGCUGGGGCCCGCCUGUUCUCGAAGAGUCGACACCCGCCAGCCACGACAACGACGUAGCGACGCAACUCUGGGACAUCAGCGAGAAACUCACCAACAUCAAGUUUAAUGUCGAGUAAGGCUAGUAAUUCGCCGUGCACAAGAGUGC